AUGGCCAGCUACAGAAACACCCCCUUGUACGGUGGAGCGAUCACCUGCGAUCUGCCAAAACACUUCGCAGACGUAAGCAAGUUGAGACAGGUUCCCGACAACCAGGAAGUAUGGAUCGAUAAAGAUGGAUUCACAAGCAUCAUCUUUGACAUCUCAGAGCGCGUUGGCGGUCCAGGUUCGAGCCCCGAGAUUGACGGCCGUGCCAUGACCACACAUCUGGAAGACAUGGUCGGAUCCGAAAUCGACACAGUUAAGAUCUGGAACACCGCCGAGACCGAAUUCUCAAAAAUGAGCGACUUGAAACACCCCGCAUAUACCCUCAUCGCGACUCAGACUCCCAAGCUCCCCUCCAAUGGCUUAAACUCAGCGCCCGACUUCACAGCCAUCACCAUGACGCUCCUUCGUCUCGAAGAGCAAAAGACUGACAUACUCAUCACCAUCAACGUCCCCCACAUUCGAGGUGAAUACGAUGCCGAAGACGUCGACCUUGAGCUGGGCAAGCAGGGUAAGCUCAUCGGCGACGCAGUGGAGGUUGCUGCGCGCAUUUGGGAAACCUUUGUGAUCAAGGACUGGGAUCUGUUCCAUGGAGCUUGA